AUGAGCACCUGCUCUCACCACAAGCACCUGCUCUCACCACCAGCACCUGCUCUCAAAGCCACCAGCACCUGCUCUCACCACAAGCACCUGCUCUCACCACAAGCACCUGCUCUCACCACCAGCACCUGCUCUCACCACAAGCACCUGCUCUCACCACAAGCACCUGCUCUCACCACAAGCACCUGCUCUCACCACAAGCACCUGCUCUCACCACCAGCACCUGCUCUCACCACCACCAGCACCUGCUCUCACCACAAGCACGUGCUCUCACCACCACCAGCACCUGCUCUCACCACAAGCACGUGCUCUCACCACCACAAGCACCUGCUCCCACCACAAGCACCUGCUCUCACCACCAGCACCUGCUCUCACCACCAGCAUCUGCUCUCACCACAAGCACCUGCUCUCACCACAAGCACCUGCUCUCACCACAAGCACCUGCUCUCACCACCACAAGCACCUGCUCUCACCACCACCAGCACCUGCUCUCACCACAAGCACCUGCUCUCACCACAAGCACCUGCUCUCACCACAAGCACCUGCUCUCACCACCACAAGCACCUGCUCUCACCACCACCAGCACCUGCUCUCACCACAAGCACCUGCUCUCACCACAAGCACCUGCUCUCACCACCAGCACCUGCUCUCAAAACCACCAGAACCUGCUCUCACCACAAGCACCUGCUCUCACCACCACAAGCACCUGCUCUCACCACCACCAGCACCUGCUCUCACCACAAGCACCUGCUCUCACCACAAGCACCUGCUCUCACCACAAGCACCUGCUCUCACCACAAGCACCUGCUCUCACCACAAGCACCUGCUCUCACCACAAGCACGUGCUCUCACCACCAUAAGCACCUGCUCCCACCACAAGCACCUGCUCUCACCACCAGCACCUGCUCUCACCACCAGCAUCUGCUCUCACCACAAGCACCUGCUCUCACCACAAGCACCUGCUCUCACCACAAGCACCUGCUCUCACCACCACAAGCACCUGCUCUCACCACCACCAGCACCUGCUCUCACCACCACCAGCACCUGCUCUCACCACAAGCACCUGCUCUCACCACAAGCACCUGCUCUCACCACAAGCACCUGCUCUCACCACCACAAGCACCUGCUCUCACCACCACCAGCACCUGCUCUCACCACAAGCACCUGCUCUCACCACAAGCACCUGCUCUCACCACCAGCACCUGCUCUCAAAACCACCAGCACCUGCUCUCACCACAAGCACCUGCUCUCACCACCACAAGCACCUGCUCUCACCACCACCACCACCUGCUCUCAUCACAAGCACCUGCUCUCACCACAAGCACCUGCUCUCACCACCAGCACCUGCUCUCAAAACCACCAGCACCUGCUCUCACCACAAGCACCUGCUCUCACCACAAGCACCUGCUCUCACCACCACAAGCACCUGCUCUCACCACCACCAGCACCUGCUCUCACCACAAGCACCUGCUCUCACCACAAGCACCUGCUCUCACCACCAGCACCUGCUCUCAAAACCACCAGCACCUGCUCUCACCACAAGCACCUGCUCUCACCACCACAAGCACCUGCUCUCACCACCAGCACCUGCUCUCAAAACCACCAGCACCUGCUCUCACCACAAGCACCUGCUCUCACCACCACAAGCACCUGCUCUCACCACCACCAGCACCUGCUCUCACCACAAGCACCUGCUCUCACCACAAGCACCUGCUCUCACCACCAGCACCUGCUCUCACCACCAGCAUCUGCUCUCACCACAAGCACCUGCUCUCACCACAAGCACCUGCUCUCACCACCAGCACCUGCUCUCAAAACCACCAGCACCUGCUCUCACCACAAGCACCUGCUCUCACCACCACAAGCACCUGCUCUCACCACCAGCACCUGCUCUCAAAACCACCAGCACCUGCUCUCACCACAAGCACCUGCUCUCACCACCACAAGCACCUGCUCUCACCACCACCAGCACCUGCUCUCACCACAAGCACCUGCUCUCACCACAAGCACCUGCUCUCACCACCAGCACCUGCUCUCACCACCAGCAUCUGCUCUCACCACAAGCACCUGCUCUCACCACAAGCACCUGCUCUCACCACAAGCACCUGCUCUCACCACCACAAGCACCUGCUCUCACCACCACCAGCACCUGCUCUCACCACAAGCACCUGCUCUCACCACAAGCACCUGCUCUCACCACAAGCACCUGCUCUCACCACCACAAGCACCUGCUCUCACCACCACCAGCACCUGCUCUCACCACAAGCACCUGCUCUCACCACAAGCACCUGCUCUCACCACCAGCACCUGCUCUCAAAACCACCAGAACCUGCUCUCACCACAAGCACCUGCUCUCACCACCACAAGCACCUGCUCUCACCACCACCAGCACCUGCUCUCACCACAAGCACCUGCUCUCACCACAAGCACCUGCUCUCACCACAAGCACCUGCUCUCACCACAAGCACCUGCUCUCACCACAAGCACCUGCUCUCACCACAAGCACGUGCUCUCACCACCAUAAGCACCUGCUCCCACCACAAGCACCUGCUCUCACCACCAGCACCUGCUCUCACCACCAGCAUCUGCUCUCACCACAAGCACCUGCUCUCACCACAAGCACCUGCUCUCACCACAAGCACCUGCUCUCACCACCACAAGCACCUGCUCUCACCACCACCAGCACCUGCUCUCACCACCACCAGCACCUGCUCUCACCACAAGCACCUGCUCUCACCACAAGCACCUGCUCUCACCACAAGCACCUGCUCUCACCACCACAAGCACCUGCUCUCACCACCACCAGCACCUGCUCUCACCACAAGCACCUGCUCUCACCACAAGCACCUGCUCUCACCACCAGCACCUGCUCUCAAAACCACCAGCACCUGCUCUCACCACCAGCACCUGCUCUCAAAACCACCAGCACCUGCUCUCACCACAAGCACCUGCUCUUACCACCACAAGCACCUGCUCUCACCACCACCAGCACCUGCUCUCACCACAAGCACCUGCUCUCACCACAAGCACCUGCUCUCACCACCAGCACCUGCUCUCAAAACCACCAGCACCUGCUCUCACCACAAGCACCUGCUCUCACCACAAGCACCUGCUCUCACCACCAGCACCUGCUCUCACCACAAGCACCUGCUCUCACCACAAGCACCUGCUCUCACCACAAGCACCUGCUCUCACCACAAGCACCUGCUCUCACCACCACAAGCACCUGCUCUCACCACCACAAGCACCUGCUCUCACCACCACCAGCACCUGCUCUCACCACAAGCACCUGCUCUCACCACAAGCACCUGCUCUCACCACAAGCACCUGCUCUCACCACCACAAGCACCUGCUCUCACCACCACCAGCACCUGCUCUCACCACAAGCACCUGCUCUCACCACAAGCACCUGCUCUCACCACCAGCACCUGCUCUCAAAACCACCAGCACCUGCUCUCACCACAAGCACCUGCUCUCACCACCACAAGCACCUGCUCUCACCACCACCACCACCUGCUCUCACCACAAGCACCUGCUCUCACCACAAGCACCUGCUCUCACCACCAGCACCUGCUCUCAAAACCACCAGCACCUGCUCUCACCACAAGCACCUGCUCUCACCACAAGCACCUGCUCUCACCACCACAAGCACCUGCUCUCACCACCACCAGCACCUGCUCUCACCACAAGCACCUGCUCUCACCACAAGCACCUGCUCUCACCACCAGCACCUGCUCUCAAAACCACCAGCACCUGCUCUCACCACAAGCACCUGCUCUCACCACCACAAGCACCUGCUCUCACCACCAGCACCUGCUCUCAAAACCACCAGCACCUGCUCUCAAAACCACCAGCACCUGCUCUCACCACAAGCACCUGCUCUCACCACCACAAGCACCUGCUCUCACCACCACCAGCACCUGCUCUCACCACAAGCACCUGCUCUCACCACAAGCACCUGCUCUCACCACCAGCACCUGCUCUCAAAACCACCAGCACCUGCUCUCACCACAAGCACCUGCUCUCACCACCACAAGCACCUGCUCUCACCACCACCAGCACCUGCUCUCACCACAAGCACCUGCUCUCACCACAAGCACCUGCUCUCACCACCAGCACCUGCUCUCAAAACCACCAGCACCUGCUCUCACCACAAGCACCUGCUCUCACCACCACAAGCACCUGCUCUCACCAUCACCAGCACCUGCUCUCACCACAAGCACCUGCUCUCACCACAAGCACCUGCUCUCACCACCAGCACCUGCUCUCACCACAAGCACCUGCUCUCACCACAAGCACCUGCUCUCACCACAAGCACCUGCUCUCACCACCACAAGCACCUGCUCUCACCACCACCAGCACCUGCUCUCACCACAAGCACCUGCUCUCACCACAAGCACCUGCUCUCACCACCAGCACCUGCUCUCAAAACCACCAGCACCUGCUCUCACCACAAGCACCUGCUCUCACCACCACAAGCACCUGCUCUCACCACCACCACCACCUGCUCUCACCACAAGCACCUGCUCUCACCACAAGCACCUGCUCUCACCACCAGCACCUGCUCUCAAAACCACCAGCACCUGCUCUCACCACAAGCACCUGCUCUCACCACAAGCACCUGCUCUCACCACCACAAGCACCUGCUCUCACCACCACCAGCACCUGCUCUCACCACAAGCACCUGCUCUCACCACAAGCACCUGCUCUCACCACCAGCACCUGCUCUCAAAACCACCAGCACCUGCUCUCACCACAAGCACCUGCUCUCACCACCACAAGCACCUGCUCUCACCACCAGCACCUGCUCUCAAAACCACCAGCACCUGCUCUCAAAACCACCAGCACCUGCUCUCACCACAAGCACCUGCUCUCACCACCACAAGCACCUGCUCUCACCACCACCAGCACCUGCUCUCACCACAAGCACCUGCUCUCACCACAAGCACCUGCACUCACCACCAGCACCUGCUCUCAAAACCACCAGCACCUGCUCUCACCACAAGCACCUGCUCUCACCACCACAAGCACCUGCUCUCACCACCACCAGCACCUGCUCUCACCACAAGCACCUGCUCUCACCACAAGCACCUGCUCUCACCACCAGCACCUGCUCUCAAAACCACCAGCACCUGCUCUCACCACAAGCACCUGCUCUCACCACCACAAGCACCUGCUCUCACCAUCACCAGCACCUGCUCUCACCACAAGCACCUGCUCUCACCACAAGCACCUGCUCUCACCACCAGCACCUGCUCUCACCACAAGCACCUGCUCUCACCACAAGCACAAGCACCUGCUCUCACCACAAGCACCUGCUCUCACCACAAGCACCUGCUCUCACCACAAGCACCUGCUCUCACCACAAGCACCUGCUCUCACCACAAGCACCUGCUCUCACCACAAGCACCUGCUCUCACCACAAGCACCUGCUCUCACCACAAGCACCUGCUCUCACCACAAGCACCUGCUCUCACCACAAGCACCUGCUCUCACCACAAGCACCUGCUCUCACCACAAGCACCUGCUCUCACCACAAGCACCUGCUCUCACCACAAGCACCUGCUCUCACCACAAGCACCUGCUCUCACCACAAGCACCUGCUCUCACCACAAGCACCUGCUCUCACCACAAGCACCUGCUCUCACCACAAGCACCUGCUCUCACCACAAGCACCUGCUCUCACCACAAGCACCUGCUCUCACCACAAGCACCUGCUCUCACCACAAGCACCUGCUCUCACCACAAGCACCUGCUCUCACCACAAGCACCUGCUCUCACCACAAGCACCUGCUCUCACCACAAGCACCUGCUCUCACCACAAGCACCUGCUCUCACCACAAGCACCUGCUCUCACCACAAGCACCUGCUCUCACCACAAGCACCUGCUCUCACCACAAGCACCUGCUCUCACCACAAGCACCUGCUCUCACCACAAGCACCUGCUCUCACCACAAGCACCUGCUCUCACCACAAGCACCUGCUCUCACCACAAGCACCUGCUCUCACCACAAGCACCUGCUCUCACCACAAGCACCUGCUCUCACCACAAGCACCUGCUCUCACCACAAGCACCUGCUCUCACCACAAGCACCUGCUCUCACCACAAGCACCUGCUCUCACCACAAGCACCUGCUCUCACCACAAGCACCUGCUCUCACCACAAGCACCUGCUCUCACCACAAGCACCUGCUCUCACCACAAGCACCUGCUCUCACCACAAGCACCUGCUCUCACCACAAGCACCUGCUCUCACCACAAGCACCUGCUCUCACCACAAGCACCUGCUCUCACCACAAGCACCUGCUCUCACCACAAGCACCUGCUCUCACCACAAGCACCUGCUCUCACCACAAGCACCUGCUCUCACCACAAGCACCUGCUCUCACCACAAGCACCUGCUCUCACCACAAGCACCUGCUCUCACCACAAGCACCUGCUCUCACCACAAGCACCUGCUCUCACCACAAGCACCUGCUCUCACCACAAGCACCUGCUCUCACCACAAGCACCUGCUCUCACCACAAGCACCUGCUCUCACCACAAGCACCUGCUCUCACCACAAGCACCUGCUCUCACCACAAGCACCUGCUCUCACCACAAGCACCUGCUCUCACCGGGAGCGAGGCGGGAGCGCGAGGAGAUCUCGGCGAGGACGAGCUGCAUGUUGGACUCGGCGCUCGUCACCAGCAGCAGCACCUCGCGCUCCUCCCUCGCCCGCUCACCGCCGUCGCCCGCUUGCACCGCUCCUCCGCUACCCGCUGCAGCCCGCCUCCCCCCGGCCCGCCCUCCCCCGGCCUGCCUCCCCCCGGCCUGCCUCCCCUCGGGCUGCCUCCCCUCGAGCUGCCUCCGCACGGGCUGCCUCCCCUCGGGCUGCCUCCCCUCGGGCUGCCUCCCCCCAGGCUGCUGGCGCGGGGACCUGCGAAGGGCACGCGGCAGAGGAGCAAAGGUGAUGGCGCCGCGAGUAGUGACGCCGUGAGUGAUGACGCCUAG